AUGUAUAAAAUAUCCCCUGAAAAAGCAAUUGUUUUUUUAAAAGUUAGUGUCAGUUUGACUGGCUGUUGGCCAACCUCAUCAAAAACAUAUUCUCGUAUCAAUUUAUUCGAACUUUUAUGGUACAUUUUAUUUGCCAAUAAUUUGUUUCUUUUAUUCCCAUUGAUCAAUGCAAUUUAUGAGAAUCGUUCUGAUACUAUACUUUUGACCAAAUCAAUUUGUUUGGCUUGUGCUGUUGCACAGAUCACUUUGAAGAUGAUAUUAUGCCGUCGUGAACGUUUUCGACUUCAAUCGUUGUUGUUAGAUUUGGAAAAUUCUUGCAAAACUGAUAACAAAGAAGAAAAAAUUAUCCUUCAGAAAUACACAGACAAAUGCAAAUAUGUUCAUGCAAUUUACACAAGUUUAUGUUAUUUAACAGCUAUUAUCGUUAUAUGUAGUCCAUUGUACACGAAUCAAAAAUUUCCAACUAAUGCUAAAUAUCCAUUUCCUGUUGAUCAUUCACCGAUUCGUGAAAUAAUAUUUUUACAUCAGAGUUUAGUAGGUUUGCAGGUAUCAGCUGGUAUGUGCAUCGAUUGUAAAUUAGCUGCACUUCUUUGGUACGUUGCUGUUAAAUUCGAAUUAUUGUCAAGGGAUAUUAGAGAAUUUAAAAACAUGCAAGAAUUGAAUGCUUGUAUUACGAGACAUCAGGAAGUGCUCAGGUACGCAGGUGAAACUAAAGAUGUUAUUUUGUACUUGGUUUUAACUACUAUACUAACGACUACCAUGGGUACUAUAUUUGCUGGUUUAAAUAUCGUCGAUCAACAACCAUUGGCAGUUAAAGUACAAUACGUUUUCGUCGUGUUCGUUGCGAGUGCAGAACUCUUCAUUUAUGCUUGGCCUGCUGAUAAUUUAAUAAAUGUGAGCAGUAACAUCUCUUGGGACAUAUACAAUUCGAAUUGGUUAAAAAGUAGUCCUUCUGCAAGAAGAAAUCUUAUGCAGUGUAUCAUCAGAUCGCAAAAUCCUGAAACAAUUCGCGUUGGAAAAAUAAAGAUGCCAUUAUCUUUUCAAUAUUAUUCUUCUUAUUUAACUUCAUCUUUCUCUUAUUUCACCAGCUUAAGAGCAAUACUUAGAAAAAAAUACGAUUAAAUCGUUCAGAAAAAAACGAAAUAAAAGAAAAAGAAACAAAAAUCAACUGGUAACUCAAUAUAUUUGAUCUGUUAAAAUAAUUUCUUUCUCAAGCAUUAUUACCUUGGUUAUAUUCCUAGUAUGCUUGUCUUCAAAUCUGUUAAAUUUUAAUAUUAAAUAAUGAAUGGACAGACUCCUGUACAAUAAAUAAAAACUAA